AUUCUCGGUCUUGGGUAAUGGCGGGACGGGUGCCCGGCGGCCGGGAGAGAGCCCUAGAACUACUGCGGGCCCUGCCGAGAGUUAGCCUGGCUAACUUAAAGCCGAAUCCUGGCUCCAGGAAACUGGAGAGAAGACCGAGAGGUCGUCGGAGAGGUAGAAAAUGUGGCAGAGGCCACAAAGGAGAAAGGCAGAGAGGAACACGGCCUCGACUGGGCUUUGAGGGAGGCCAAACUCCUUUUUACAUCCGAAUUCCAAAAUACGGGUUUAAUGAAGGACAUAGCUUCAGACACCAGUAUCAGCCCUUGAGUCUCAAUAGACUUCAGUAUCUUAUUGACUUGGGUCGAGUUGAUCCUACUCAACCUAUUGACUUAACCCAGCUUGUCAAUGGGAGAGGUGUGACCAUCCAGCCACUUAAAAGGGAUUAUGGUGUCCAGCUGGUAGAGGAGGGUGUGGACACCUUCACAGCUAAAGUUAAUAUUGAAGUGCAGUUGGCUUCAGAACUUGCCAUUGCUGCAAUUGAAAAAAAUGGUGGUGUUGUUACUACAGCCUUCUAUGAUCCCAGAAGUCUAGAAAUUUUGUGCAAACCUAUUCCAUUCUUUCUGCGUGGACAACCCAUUCCAAAACGAAUGCUUCCACCUGAAGCACUGGUACCAUAUUACACAGAUGCAAGGAAUCGUGGUUAUCUGGCGGAUCCUGGUGAAUUUCCUGCAGCAAGACUUGAACUUGCCAAGAAGUAUGGUUAUAUUUUACCCGAUAUCACGAAAGAUGAACUCUUCAAAAUGCUCAGUGCUCGAAAGGAUCCACGGCAGAUCUUCUUUGGUCUUGCUCCAGGCUGGGUGGUGAAUAUGGCUGAAAAGAAAAUCCUUAAGCCCAAAGAUGAGAAUCUCAUCAAGUAUUACAGCUCAUGAGUCCCCUUCCAAGGGAGCAGUGUUGUUUGAGAAUGCUGGAAAGGGACGGACACACACGUAUUUCUCGUGGACUUCUCUAAUGUCGUCUAAUUCUCUAGAUCUUAAUGUUAGUUUUUGAUGUAAUCAUGUGUCUUUUUUGUUUUUAAUCUAAAAAUAAA